UAACAAUUUAAAUUCUAGGGCACGAGCGCGUGAGUUGUAGUGGACAAGCGAGAACUCCUCCGAUAUAUUGCCAUAUAUCUGGAGCGUCUCGUGUAGGUAGGGAUGAUGGCGCCAGCCAUGUCAAUGAUGCGGUUAUCCGUGCUUGCCACGACGGUCUCCGGCUUGCGACUCGAGUAUGGCGAGCAGCAGCAGAAUAUCGGUUGUACUACUCAUGUCUACUGCGUCCUCUGGAGAAUAAAUGAAGGCGAAUACUUGUGAUGCGUGUUUCCGAUAAGACAAAAAGCUGUGUUGCGUGAGACUUGCGUAAUGUUUUCCAACAAUCUACCUGACCACGUGUUGAGAUGGAAUUUUUCUCAUGCAGAAUAUAGGUAUUUUUUCAGAGCCAAGUGGCUGCAGAACUUUUAAUGCUACUCACCAGUGCAGAGAUUUUAUUUCCAGAAAACAUCAGACAUGUGUUUCCAACCGAUAGAAAAGCAGAGGUUGAUCUUGAAGAAGAAGGUAUCCCACGAAAAAACUGUUUCACUGUGAUGGUUUCGCAAGAUCUGCAUCACAAGUUUGCUACACAUGACACAGAAAAUUUGCCAUGCGCGUUUCGUAAGGGAAAGACCGCUUAAAAAUCCAUUGUGUUGCAGUUGUAACAAGACAAACACUUUACUGCUUCGUUCUCUGCAUCACAAAUUCACAGUGAGACAGUUUUUUCUUGCGAUAGAAGGCUGCGGAGUUCGACUUCGCCAAGUUCAACGCCGAACACCAGAUGGCGACCAUCGUAUUAAUAUGUUUUUUUUUUCUUUGUUUAAAGGUAGUCUUUCACCGUUGGUAGCAUGACAAACGUGGGUUUCCGUGCCCGCAUGUGCUUGUGCAUGUGGUAAAACAGGUUGGUUACAAGGUCUUCGAAGCAGCUUUGUGAAGAUGCAUCACAUGGUGUGUGGAAAUCGAAGGGAAAUUUUAAUUUUGUAUAUUCAUAGAUUCGACAAAGUUACACAUAAAUCAUUCCCAUCACAGCGUCUGGACCCCACCGAGAAUGAGCACCCCAACCCGUUUUUCGUCAAGUAUGGCGUUCUCAAAUGUUACAUUCUCAACUGUUACAUGGAUUUGUCAUGCAGAAUCACCAUCAGAAUCGACACGAUCACGCUGUUUCACAUGACAGAUCUUUGAAGUGCUAAAUAGCCUUAAAAUCUGUGCGGAAUUUGUAAUGCUAGAGGUGCAACCUCCUCCCUUUGGCUUUUGCUAUUCUUGCAUUACAAAUGCGUGUAGCAGUUGAGAGUGUAAACAGUUGAGAACGCCAUAUCAAGGACUGGUGGCCGCAUCCGGAAAAUCCGGUACGAAAUCGCAAAAAGUCGGGAUUUUACCGCUGUGAUGCAACAUUGUUACUUCCAAAAGAAAGUAGAUUUGUCUGAGCAGUGUGCAUAGGUUGAUUCACAGUUCAUAAUUUUUUGUAACAUUUAUUUUCACAUUUAAGCUUUGGCGUCUUCUGCAACUGCUGUUGUCAAAACCCUAACAUACCUAAAAGAAAGUUGUCGUUUCCUACGUUCCUCCAGAGGUAAAAGAAUUCUUGUGUUUCGUCUUCCAUAUCUGAACAAAAAGACGGAUGAGAACCCGGAGAACGCCGAGACCCAGGAGACCGAGGAGGCGAACGCGGAAGCCGCAAAUGAGGACUCCCUCUCCGUGCAGGCCAAGUACCAGGCGGAAGCUAGUAAUAUGCAUUGCAAAUAUUUCUGGGUCUGGAACGCUGGAACUUGUCAUGCUAAUUCUGGAUAGUGCGUAUGCGUAAAUCUAAAUCUGUGUUGCAUAAUUACCAAAAGCUGUCGGCUUUUGACAAAGCUGAGUGGCAGGCUCUCAUGCAGACGAGGCAUGACAGUGGGCGCACAGAAUCUGUCAUGCUAGGUCAUGCAUGACAGACCUCACGCGUUAUGCAAAACCUGCAUGACAGGCCUUGCAACCUUCCAGACCGAGACAUGUUUGCAUUUGAUAAAUAAAAACGCCGCCGACAAGGACGCUUUGGACAAGGAAAAGAAGAAGAAGGCGGAAGAGGAAGCCAAGAAGGCGGAAGAGGCCGUCAAGGCAGCGGAGGCCGCGAAGAAGAAAGCCGAGGAAACGAAGAAAAGCGCCAUGAAAAUACGAAAGUGAAAAAAAUCUACUGUAUGCUUCAAAAUGGGCUUGUUAUGCAUCGUGUAAGCUGAUUUUGUUUUUGACGACGCCAUUUCCAGCGAGCCUAUGUUCUUGUAGACAUGUUAUUCUUGAAGGUGAGGCGUCCUUCUUUUUUUUUAGGACUCGUUGAUACAGGCUGUCUUCCCUGACAGCAUACAACAAUGAUCCCUCAGCACUUUAUGUGCUGUUUGCUUGUAGAUGAGGCGACAAACCUAAGUAGUGGUUUUCACUUUCACCACCGGCUCUGGAGGAGAACCACAAGGCCAAGAUCGCCGAGCUGAACGGGUUAUCAAAUGAAAAUAUGUCUGGGUCAGGAAAGAUGGGUGGUUUGUCAUGCUUGGCUGGCAGAAUGCUCAUGUCUGUCAUGCGCGUUACCCGAAAGCCAAAGCUUCAUUUUCCUUUCAUGCCGAAGUUCGCUUUAUCAUGCAAAAUACAUAGACAACAUUGCAGUUCCUCCAAAACUUGCCAUGCUUGCUAGUCAAUGCAGGCGUCUCGUCGUUCUCCACCAGCAUCACAAGUUUCUCCGCCCAACCAUAUUUGCAAUGCAUACGGGUUUAAGCAGAAGGAGCUGGCCAAGUGCCGCACCGACUUCGAGGGCGCCAAGAAGCAGUGGCAAUCGGACCGCCAGUGGUUCGUCAACACGCGCAGGGCAGCCGCACACCACUUUCGCUCCGAGGUCAGGAGGGCACCCUGGUAUGUAACAUGAGUUCUUUUAAUGAAGUGCGGUUUAAGUUUAGGCUUCAAUCAGGGUUUAGGUUAUCCACUUUGAAUGAAGUGUGGCUUUUUAGGUUUACGCCUUAGUAGCAAGACGAUGAUGAUUAUAAUGAUGAUCUGUUGACUACUUUUUCCGGCGUCGCAGGUCCUAAAUCGAAAUGCGGGAACCACUUACAAUUCAAUCGAAAAAAUCAGGUUCAAGCGCGUGUUUGUGUACGCCCGCAAACUCGGGGAAUUCCGCCGGAAGCUGCACCAGACGUCCCGGCAGUAUGGGAAUGUUAUUUUCAAACGUUCGACUCUUCUGCUGUUCCAUGAUUUGUGAUGCAUAAUUACUGCCAUCGGUGGCGACGCGACCAAAAAUUACUUCGCUUGACAAGGUAGGUAUUCCCGAAACGCCAAAACAGCAUUGAGAUGCUGGUCCGUUCCAAGUUUUUAAUGCCGGAGCAAUGUGUAUUUCGCUUUUCUAUUUGUGCAUCACACUUUGUCCCAGCUAGCAAUGGAUAAAACGUUUGAGAACUCCAUAUUCGGUUCCGCCCCAAGGUGCAGAACUGGCACAAGGCCAUCCGCGCGUUCCACAAGUGCCGCGCCCAGUUAUCAAAUGCACAUAUGUUUGGGCCUGGAUGAUCACAAGACUUGUCAAAUGCAUGACCUAGCAUGACAGAAUCUGCGAGAGGUCUAUCAUGGCUAAGAAUCCUGCAUGAGAAACUCCCUUCUGGUCAAAAGUGGACAGCUUUUGGCAGCCAUGCAACGCAGAUUUUUUUGUAUGAUUCGGAUUUAGCAUGAGAAGCUCCAGCGCUCCAGAUACCCAGACAUAUUAUUUGCAAUGCAUACCAGCAGCGCCAGUUCGACUGGGCCAUCCGGCAGGCCAAGGCCAAGUACGAGCAGGCCAGGGGGACCCCAGAGACCAACCUGGUCGGGUGCUUCGAGGACAAGCCGGCCCGUGCCAUGAUGGGGAUCCGCGGACGGUUCUCCGUCAAGAAGUGCGCGCGCAAGUGCGGUCGCCGCAACAAGGAGUUUAUGGCCAUCCAGUACGGGCACCAGUGCUUCUGCGGCAACGGCAAGCAGCACGAGCGGUACGGCAAGAAGCCCGAUGGUGACUGCAGCAAGCCCUGCGAAAUGGACCCCAAUGACCGCGUAUCGCGAGAAAGUGAACAAAAACUUUGUCAUGCCUGGACUGGAUUGACAGAAAUAUUUUGGCAUGCUCGACACCCUUGAGGAACGUAUGCGAAAUAGACGAGUCAUAAAAGGUAAAUCAAGCCUUUAUCAAUUGUGUAGUCCAGCAUCACCAUUCUCCCUGUCUUGUGCAAUCCCGCAUGACAAAUUCAACCCUUUCUCUUCUCCAUAUUGCGCGACCGGCAAGAAGUGCGGCGGCGGGUGGAGGAACUCGGUGUACAAGCUGAAGUGAGGGAAACUUUGACUUGCUGUGCACCAACCGUGUACUUCUUACAACGGUUUUAUGCAAAGAGCAAAUUCCCUUUCCCCGCACAAAAACAAGAUCGCGUUGUACAAAAUGCAUGACAAAUAAUUGUUUCGCCAACUUGGAGCGCACUUGUUGUGGUGCUGAGUAGGAUAGGAGGCGAGUUUUGUCAUGCGCAACAACAACAACCUUUCGGUUGUUCGCGCGCGGGAAAUUUGUUACUGCUGAUAGAUUUUUUCUUUUCCAAACCGCGUCAGAGAAGCAGGCGCGGUAGUGGUGACAAAACGACUCGUGCGUGUUGACAACCACGCCUCGAAUUACAAUAAUCUUCUUUGUAAGAGUUUUUAGAAUCCGAUUUUAGAAUCCGAUGAAACAUUAAUUUGCUCCGCUAGAUAAGUUGUGAGACCCGAGAAUUUGUUUCACCUGCCUUUUUCUUUUCCAUCUUAUUAUUUUCUACAUUACUGCUCAUUAUGUUACACUUGGGAUCUGCUAUUUUUGUUUCUAACUGCAACUGUGAUUUAUUCUGAUAUAUCUUUCACCUUGUAUUUUCUAAAACUGCUGCUGCUACAAUCGGCUAUAACAAAGAAUCUGUGGCGGGUGAGAAUUUUCGAGGAACCGCUUGAGGUCUAGUGCGCCAUCGGAUAUAAAACUACUAUUUCGAGAACGGAAGAGGCGGAGGAAAAAUACGAAACUUCACAAUCCACAAUAACGUGUAAAUUUACGACUUUCAAGACUUUUCAAGCUACAAUUUCAAUCAUUCAAAUAGACUUUCAAAUAAGCAAACCAUUUUUUCCAUUUUCAUUAUCGUGUCAGAUUUAAUAGCACCACUUCGAAAUAAAGGAGGUGUGUCUCGUCGUGGUCGUUAGAUGUGGAACAAAAAAGAAGAAGAAGACCACGAAAUCUGGCAGAGUAUAUCAUCAAAGC